UAAACUUCUGAUUUGAAUCGCAAUUACAAAUGUAAACACAAAAUAUCACAAAUGUAAAAUUUUUCCUCAAUACUUAAGCCUUGUUGACCAAUAAAAAGUUAAGAGAUAAGUAAUCUUCAUCAAGAGAGAUUAUAAGUAUAUAAAUACGCAAGAAGAAAUCAAGAAGAAAUGAAUAGUCAUCUUCAUAUGCAAGCGAUUGCUCAAUGAGAAAACAUCAGUUUGUCACAACGUAACUCUAUUUGAUACUAAAAUAUUUAUUGAGAGUGUUUAUAAGUUUAUUUAAUUACCAUAUUUUAAUAUAUAUUACUUAAUAAACAAAUUUAGGUGUACAAUCUUAUCCAUCUUACAAGGAUAACAAUAAAAUUUGUCACAAAUAAAUUAGAAAUAUUUAGUAAUACAUACAAUCUAAAAACUGAAGAAACACAAGUGUGAAGAAAACUGAACCUGAUUGGAACAACAAUUACGACAAAAAUGUUGGCUACCAUAUUAUUAUUUAUUCUUGUUGCAUAUUUGGUGUUUCAUUGUUACUUUCAUUAUGGACCAAAGGGACGAUUAAUCAAUAAAAUAUCAGGCCCAGGUUAUCCAAUAAUUGGUACUUUAUUGGACUGCCUACAAUCAUCAGAGGGUCUUUUUAAGCUUAUAAUUACAAGAGGCGACACUUAUUAUCCUAUUUAUAAAGUGCAUCACUACCUAUUUCUAAGGAGUGUAUCUAUUCGUCAUCCUGAUGAUUUGGAGGUGAUAUUAAGCAGUACAAAGCACAUAGACAAGAGUAUAAUAUAUAAUCCAUUACAUCCUUGGUUAGGUACGGGUCUUCUUACCAGUGGAGGUUCUAAAUGGCAAUCGCGGCGAAAAAUAUUAACUCCCGCAUUCCAUUUCAAUAUAUUACAACAAUUUGUUGAGAUUUUAAUUAAGGAAGGGAAGAACAUGACAAGAUCUCUGAAGAAUGCAGAAUGCACUGUUACAAAAGAUUUACUACCGUUCAUUAGCGAACAUACGCUGAAUGCAAUAUCCGAAACUGCCAUGGGCACUUCUCUGCAAGGAAAAAGUUUAUUUAAGCAACGGUAUCGAAAAGCGGUUCACCGAAUGGGCGAAUUGGCUCUUUAUAGGUUAAUGAGGCAGUGGCUGUCGAGCGAUUGGAUUUUCUCAUUGUUACCAGCAGGUAGAGAGCAAGCAAAAGUUUUGAACACAUUGCACACAUUUACUGAGAAAAUUAUUGCAGAAAGAAAAGAUUAUCAUAUGCAGACCAAUGGACAAUACUUGAAAAACCUUAACACAAAUGUUUACGAAGAUGAUGCAGAAACCAUUGGGAUUAGAAAAAAACGACUAGCAUUGUUGGACAUUUUAAUACAAGCAUCUCAAGAUGGUACUUUAAGUGAUUCAGAUAUCAGAGAGGAAGUCGAUACUUUUAUGUUUGAGGGUCAUGAUACUACAGCGACGGGUAUAUUCUUUAUUUUAUCAUUAUUGGCUGAGCAUAAAGAUAUCCAGGAUUGUGUCAGAAAAGAAGUCAAUGCUAUUAUGCAAGAGAGUGAAGGGAAACUUACUAUGAAAUCGUUGCAAGAUAUGCAAUAUUUAGAGAGAUGUAUAAAAGAAGGGUUGCGUUUAUAUCCAAGUGUCUAUUUCAUAUCACGGGUUACUUCGGAAGAAACACAAUUAAAAUCAUAUGUAAUACCUGCCGGUACAGUGAUGCAUCUUGAUAUUUACGGAGUUCACAAAGAUCCCAAUUUUUGGCUAAAUCCAGAAAUAUUUGAUCCAGAUAGAUUUUUACCUGAGAAUAUUCGAAACCGUCAUCCUUAUUCGUAUAUACCAUUCAGUGCAGGUCCACGUAAUUGCAUUGGUCAACGAUUUGCUUUGCUGGAAUUAAAAGCGAUAAUAGCCCCCCUGGUUCACAAUUUCUACUUGGAGCCCGUUGAUUACUUAAAGGAUAUACGAAUAGGUGUUGACUUGGUGCUUCGCCCUCUUAAUCCGCAUCAUCUAAAAUUUAUCCCUAUUGCCACGAAAUGCACAUUAUUGCAGAAAGAAAAGAUUAUCAUAAGCAAACCAAUGGACAAUACUUGAAAAACCUUAACACAAAUGUUUACGAAGAUGAUGCAGAAACCAUUGGAAUUCGAAAAAGACGACUAGCAUUGUUGGACAUUUUAAUACAAGCAUCUCAAGAUGGUACUUUAAGUGAUUCAGAUAUCAGAGAGGAAGUCGAUACUUUUAUGUUUGAG